UUCAGGGGACAGGAUUAAGCUGUGAAUGAACCUCCCAAACCCAGGAAUAUGAUAUGAGAACAUAGCCUUUGAAUUUCUCUCUCAAGUUUGACUUGAAAAAUCAGCCUCAGAAACAUCUUUAUCUUAAGAUAGAUUUCCGUUGCUCUCAGAACGUCUCUCCCCUGACCUUCUGUUAUUAAGUUCAUGGACAUACAGCAUUUUAGAAUUAGGUGGGGGCUCUGAAGUCUGCGAGUGCAGCUGUGCACAGAUUUAAUCCAGAGACUGACUUCACUAUAGAACCCACAGUUGUAUCAAUGGUUGGGGAAAGAUAGUGGCAACAGGCAAAGGAGAAACAGCUCUGACAUACAAAGAAAAUGAGUAUGCUAAAGCCAAGUGGGCUUAAGGCCCCCACCAAGAUCCUGAAGCCUGGAAGCACAGCUCUGAAGACACCUACGGCUGUUGUAGCUCCAGUAGAAAAAACCAUAUCCAGUGAAAAAGCAUCAAGCACUCCAUCAUCUGAGACUCAGGAGGAAUUUGUGGAUGACUUUCGAGUUGGGGAGCGAGUUUGGGUGAAUGGAAAUAAGCCUGGAUUUAUCCAGUUUCUUGGAGAAACCCAAUUUGCACCAGGCCAGUGGGCUGGAAUUGUUUUAGAUGAACCCAUAGGCAAGAAUGAUGGUUCGGUGGCAGGAGUUCGGUAUUUCCAGUGUGAACCUUUAAAGGGCAUAUUUACCCGACCUUCAAAGUUAACAAGGAAGGUGCAAGCAGAAGAUGAAGCUAAUGGCCUGCAGACGACGCCCGCCUCCCGAGCUACUUCACCGCUGUGCACUUCUACGGCCAGCAUGGUGUCUUCCUCCCCCGUCACCCCCUCAAACAUCCCUCAGAAACCAUCACAGCCAGCAGCAAAGGAACCUUCAGCUACGCCUCCGAUCAGCAACCUUACAAAAACUGCCAGUGAAUCUAUCUCCAACCUUUCAGAGGCUGGCUCAAUCAAGAAGGGAGAAAGAGAGCUCAAAAUCGGAGACAGAGUAUUGGUUGGUGGCACUAAGGCUGGUGUAGUCCGGUUUCUUGGGGAGACCGACUUUGCCAAGGGGGAGUGGUGUGGCGUGGAGUUAGAUGAGCCACUUGGGAAGAAUGAUGGCGCUGUUGCUGGAACAAGGUAUUUUCAGUGUCAACCCAAAUAUGGCUUGUUUGCUCCUGUCCACAAAGUUACCAAGAUUGGCUUCCCUUCCACUACACCAGCCAAAGCCAAGGCCAACGCAGUGAGGCGAGUGAUGGCGACCACGUCCGCCAGCCUGAAGCGCAGCCCUUCUGCCUCUUCCCUCAGCUCCAUGAGCUCAGUGGCCUCCUCUGUGAGCAGCAGGCCCAGUCGGACAGGACUAUUGACUGAAACCUCCUCCCGUUACGCCAGGAAGAUCUCCGGUACCACUGCCCUCCAGGAGGCCCUGAAGGAGAAGCAGCAGCACAUUGAGCAGCUGCUGGCGGAACGGGAUCUGGAGAGGGCGGAGGUGGCCAAGGCCACGAGCCACGUGGGGGAGAUAGAGCAGGAGCUAGCUCUGGCCCGGGACGGACAUGACCAGCAUGUCCUGGAAUUGGAAGCCAAAAUGGACCAGCUGCGAACAAUGGUGGAAGCUGCUGACAGGGAGAAGGUGGAGCUUCUCAACCAGCUUGAAGAGGAGAAAAGGAAGGUUGAGGACCUUCAGUUCCGGGUUGAAGAAGAAUCAAUUACCAAAGGUGAUCUUGAGCAAAAGAGCCAGAUUUCUGAAGAUCCUGAGAAUACGCAGACCAAACUGGAGCAUGCCCGCAUUAAGGAGCUUGAACAGAGCCUGCUCUUUGAAAAGACCAAAGCUGACAAACUCCAGAGGGAGUUAGAAGACACUAGGGUGGCUACAGUUUCAGAAAAGUCACGUAUAAUGGAACUGGAGAAAGACCUAGCAUUGAGAGUACAGGAAGUAGCUGAGCUCCGAAGAAGGCUAGAGUCCAAUAAGCCUGCUGGGGAUGUGGACAUGUCACUUUCCCUUUUGCAAGAGAUAAGCUCUUUGCAAGAAAAGUUAGAAGUCACCCGUACUGACCACCAGAGAGAAAUAACUUCUCUGAAGGAGCAUUUUGGAGCCCGGGAAGAAACUCAUCAGAAGGAGAUAAAGGCUCUGUAUACCACCACGGAAAAGCUUUCCAAAGAGAACGAGUCAUUGAAAAGCAAGCUGGAGCAUGCCAACAAAGAGAACUCAGAUGUGAUAGCUCUAUGGAAGUCCAAACUGGAGACUGCCAUUGCGUCCCACCAGCAGGCGAUGGAAGAACUGAAAGUAUCUUUCAGCAAAGGGCUUGGGACAGAGACGGCAGAAUUUGCUGAACUAAAAACACAAAUAGAGAAAAUGAGACUAGAUUACCAACACGAAAUAGAAAAUUUGCAGAAUCAACAAGACUCUGAACGGUCUGCUCAUGCUAAAGAGAUGGAAGCCUUGAGGGCUAAACUGAUGAAAGUUAUUAAAGAAAAGGAAAACAGUCUGGAAGCCAUCAAGUCGAAACUGGACAAAGCAGAAGACCAGCAUCUCGUAGAAAUGGAAGACACGUUAAACAAAUUACAGGAAGCUGAAAUAAAGGUAAAGGAGCUAGAGGUACUGCAAGCCAAAUGCAAUGAACAAACCAAGGUUAUUGAUAAUUUUACAUCACAGCUCAAGGCUACUGAAGAAAAGCUCUUGGAUCUUGAUGCACUUCAGAAAGCCAGUUCCGAAGGUAAAUCGGAAAUGGAGAAACUUAGACAGCAGCUUGAGGCAGCUGAGAAACAGAUUAAACAUUUAGAGAUUGAAAAGAAUGCUGAAAGUAGCAAGGCUAGUAGCAUUACCAGAGAGCUCCAGGGGAGAGAGCUAAAGCUUACUAACCUUCAGGAAAAUUUGAGUGAAGUCAGUCAAGUGAAAGAGACUUUGGAAAAAGAACUUCAGAUUUUGAAAGAAAAGUUUGCUGAAGCUUCAGAGGAGGCAGUCUCUGUUCAGAGAAGUAUGCAAGAAACUGUAAAUAAGUUACACCAAAAGGAGGAACAGUUUAACAUGCUGUCUUCUGACUUGGAGAAGCUGAGAGAAAACUUAGCAGAUAUGGAGGCAAAAUUUAGAGAGAAAGAUGAGAGAGAAGAGCAGCUGAUAAAGGCAAAGGAAAAACUGGAAAAUGACAUUGCAGAAAUAAUGAAGAUGUCAGGAGAUAACUCUUCUCAGCUGACAAAAAUGAACGAUGAAUUACGUCUGAAAGAAAGAGAUGUAGAAGAAUUACAGCUAAAACUUACAAAGGCUAAUGAAAAUGCAAGUUUUCUGCAAAAAAGUAUUGAGGACAUGACUGUCAAAGCUGAACAGAGCCAGCAAGAAGCAGCUAAAAAGCAUGAGGAAGAAAAGAAAGAAUUGGAGAGGAAAUUGUCGGACCUGGAAAAGAAAAUGGAAACAAGCCACAACCAGUGUCAGGAGCUGAAAGCCAGGUAUGAGAGAGCCACUUCUGAGACAAAAACCAAGCAUGAAGAAAUCCUACAGAACCUCCAGAAGACGCUGCUGGACACAGAGGACAAGCUGAAGGGCGCACGGGAGGAGAACAGUGGCUUGCUACAGGAGCUGGAGGAGCUGAGAAAGCAAGCCGACAAAGCCAAAUCGCUAACUUAUUUGUUAACAUCAGCCAAAAAAGAAAUUGAACUAAUGUCAGAAGAGCUGAGGGGUCUGAAAUCAGAGAAGCAGCUUCUUUCGCAGGAGGGAAAUGAUUUAAAGUUAGAAAACGGUUCACUUUUAUCCAAGCUUGUAGAAUUGGAGGCCAAAAUAGCUUUACUUCAGGGAGACCAGCAGAAACUGUGGUCAGUGAAUGAAACUCUUAAUUUAGAAAAGGAGAAAUUCUUAGAAGAAAAACAAGAUGCCGAAAAGUAUUAUGAGCAGGAACAUCUCAAUAAAGAAGCUUUGGCUGUUGAGAGAGAGAAAUUGCUUAAAGAAAUCAGUGUUGCACAGGAAGAACUCUUGAAGAUAAAUGUGGAAAAUGACUCUUUGCAAGCUUCCAAGGUGAGCAUGCAGGCGCUCAUUGAAGAGCUCCAGCUCAGCAAAGAUACUUUGAUUGCUAAGACUGAGAAGGACCAGGAAGAAAAAGAUCACCUGGAGGACCAGAUCAAGAAACUUAUUACCGAAAACUUCAUCUUGGCCAAAGAUAAGGAUGACAUCAUUCAGAAGCUUCAAAGGUCUUAUGAGGAGCUAGUCAAAGAUCAGAAAGCUUUGGUACAGGAGAUUGAAGAUCUCACAGCUGAGAAAAAGUCAGCUUUAGAGAAACUGUCCAAUCUCGAUAACACGUGCAUAGCCUUAAAGGUAGAACGAGAUAAUGUUGUUCAGAACAACAGAAAUCUGCAGUUAGAGACGGACAUGCUGCUGCAAGAUCAGGAAAAGCUGAAUGCCAGCCUCCAGGCCUCUCUCCAGGUCAAACAGCUGCUCUGCUCAGAAGCCACUGGGCUCCGCGCACAGCUGGAUGAUGCCAGCAAGGCCCUGAGGAAGGCAGAGCUGGAGACCAUGCAACUCCAGGCCACAAACACAAGCCUCACAAAGCUCUUGGAGGAAAUUAAGGCCAGGCGGGUGGUCACGGACUCCGAGUGCAUCCAGCUUCUGCAUGAGAAAGAAACCUUGGCUGCCUCCGAGACAAGGCUCUUGGCUGAGAAAGAGGAACUUUUAAGUGAAAAUAGAAUAAUCACUGAAAAACUCCACAAAUGCUCAGAAGAGGCUGCCCAUACUGAGAUGAGCCUGAAUGAGAAGAUCGCUUACCUGACUUCCGAGAAGGAGAUGGCUUCUCAGAAAAUGACUAAACUUAAAAAGCAGCAGGAUAGUCUCUUGAAAGAAAAAUCCUCACUGGAAAUGCAAAAUGGAGCUUUACUUGCAGAGAGAGAGAAUUCCAUCAAAGCCAUAGGAGACCUCAAAAGGCAAUGUGAUCAAGAGUCUGCAAACAGAAGUUUAAUUGUGCAAGAGAAUAUGAAACUCCUCGGUAAUAUUGACGCUCUGAAGAAGGAGCUUCAAGAGAGAAGAAAGGAAAACCAAGAACUAGUGGCCAGCAAGUGCGACCUCUCUUUGAUGCUGAAAGAGGCUCAAAAUGCCAAAAAGAAUCUGGAAAAAGAACACACUCACAUAUUGCAAGCAAAGGAGAGUUUGGAUGCUCAACUUAACACGUGUUGUUCCGAGAAGAACAUUUUGCUGAGAGAUGGCUUGAACCUGCAAGAAGAGUGUCACAAAUUAAGCAAGGAGAUCCAGGAAAUGCAGCAGUCCUUAAUCCUGGAACAGGAAGCCAGAGCAAAGGAGAGCGAGUCAUCCUUGUACGAAAACAAUCAACUUCACGGGAGGAUGGUGCUCCUGGAGCAGGAGUUGGAGGAGUUAAGAGUGUGUAUCGAGGAGCUGCGGUCCGAGAAGUUUGUGCUACUUCAAGAGAAGACCAAAUCAGAGCAAGAACUGGCAGAGAUAAUUGAGGAGAAGGAACUGUUGACUGCAGAAGCAGCUCAACUUGCUGCCCAUGUAAAGACUCUGAAAAGUGAUUUUGCUGCCUUGUCCAAAUCCAAGGCAGAGCUGCAGGAACUGCACAGCUGCGUCACCAAGAUUCUGGAUGACCUUCAGCGGAACCAUGAGGUGACCCUGGCCGAAAAAGCCCAGGUGAUGCAAGACAACCAGAACCUCCUGGCUGAGAAGAGCGAAAUGAUGCUGGAAAAGGAUGAGCUCCUGAAGGAGAAGGAAACCCUGGCAGAAAGCUACUUCAUCCUUCAGAAAGAGAUCAGCCAGUUGGCCAAAACCAACAGCCAUAUUUCAGCCAAUCUCCUAGAAUCUCAAAAUGAAAACCGUACUUUGAGAAAAGACAAGAACAAGCUUACUCUUAAACUUAGAGAGCUCGAGACUCUUCAGUCAUUUACGGCUGCUCAAACAGCGGAAGAUGCCAUGCAGAUAAUGGAACAGAUGACCAAAGAGAAGACUGAGACUCUGGCCUCCUUGGAGGACACCAAGCAAACAAAUGCAAAACUACAGAAUGAAUUGGACACACUUAAAGAAAACAACUUGAAAAAUGUGGAAGAGCUGAACAAAUCGAAAGAACUCCUGACUGUAGAGAAUCAAAAAAUGGAAGAAUUUAGGAAAGAAAUAGAAACCCUAAAGCAGGCAGCAGCUCAGAAGUCCCAGCAGCUUUCAGCGUUGCAAGAAGAGAACGUUAAACUUGCUGAGGAGCUGGGGAGAAGCAGGGACGAAGUCACAAGUCAUCAAAAGCUGGAAGAAGAAAGAUCUGUGCUCAAUAAUCAGUUGUUAGAAAUGAAAAAAAGCUUGCCCAGUAACACUUUAAGAGAAUCCAAGUUCAUAAAAGACGCAGAUGAAGAGAAAGCUUCCUUGCAGAAAUCCAUCAGUAUAACUAGUGCCUUACUCACAGAAAAGGAUGCCGAGCUGGAGAAACUGAGAAAUGAGGUCACAGUGCUCAGGGGAGAAAACGCCUCUGCCAAGUCCUUGCAUUCAGUUGUUCAGACUCUAGAGUCUGAUAAGGUGAAGCUCGAGCUCAAGGUAAAGAACUUGGAGCUUCAACUCAAAGAAAACAAGAGGCAGCUCAGCAGCUCCUCAGGUAAUACAGACACUCAGGCAGAUGAGGAUGAAAGAGCCCAGGAGAGUCAGAUUGAUUUCCUAAAUUCAGUAAUAGUGGACCUUCAAAGGAAGAAUCAAGACCUCAAGAUGAAGGUGGAGAUGAUGUCAGAAGCAGCCCUGAAUGGGAACGGGGAUGACCUAAACAAUUAUGACAGUGAUGAUCAGGAGAAACAGUCCAAGAAGAAACCUCGCCUCUUCUGUGACAUUUGUGACUGCUUUGAUCUCCACGACACAGAGGAUUGUCCUACCCAGGCACAGAUGUCAGAGGACCCUCCCCAUUCCACACACCAUGGCAGUCGGGGUGAGGAACGCCCAUACUGUGAAAUCUGUGAGAUGUUUGGACACUGGGCCACCAACUGCAAUGACGACGAAACCUUCUGAUGAAGCCUCCAGUGGAGAACUGGGCUUGCUCAGACGCACUCGCAUUGACACAACGUAACACCAGCAUUGUGUGUGCAGACUUCAGGAGAACUCAUGUUAUUUUUUAACCCCGUCAACAAAUCUAGGAAAAUAUUUUGAUCUUCAACAAAUUGCCCUUUAGUCUCCCCGUAUGAGUUAGAAUAAUAAAUAUUUAGUAGGUGAGUUUUCACCUCGAAUUUUAUUUUCUUGAUUUUUACAUUUGAAGACAUUGCACCAGAUGCCAUUACAUUUAUUGGCCCCCCGACCUUGUAGAAAAAUCCCUACCCUCACAAUACCUUAUUUAAGUAACUUUAAAUUAUGCCGUUACUUUUCAUAUUUGCACUAAGAUAUUUCCAGGCUGCAUUUGUAUAUUUAGAUUUUUUGGUUAAGCUUUGACACUGGAAUGAGUUGAAAAAAUGUGCCAUUUUGCAUUUUCAUCUACUCAUUUAAAGUAUUUUAUUCUUAUUCAAAGAAAUACCUGAGCUCUUUGCACUACCUGUUAUCAGUAGUGCCUUUACUUCAGGCUUGAUAAUACUUAGGUGUGAUUAUAAAAUCAUGAAGCAGGUAAAGGGAGGGGCAAGCCCCCAAACUGCUGUGGGGACAUUUUAUAAUCUACAUGCUGCACCCACUUAAUCUACUGUGGUGUUUUGUUUAUUAGUUUUGCAUAAUUUCAGCUUCUAUAUAUUAUAAGUAUAUAUUUUUAAAAAAUCUAUAUUUUGGGAAAAAAACAUACACAAUGUGUCUUUCUUUUUGGACAUUUACCUUUUUGAAAAAGAAAACACUUAAAAUGAUCAUUAGGACAUAACAGACUAGGCCAGACAUAGCAUCUUGUGGCUUUGCAACCAUUUUCAUUUGUUUGUUUUCCUUUUAUUUCUUAACCAGAUUUAAAUAACUGGAGGAAUUUUCUCCAAUUUUUUUUCCUUCUCUAGCAGGUAUCCCCAGCAGUCAAUUAACAAUAAGCCAGUAUAAAACACCUAAAUAACCAAUCUACAAUCUUCCUUCACAAGUUUUUUUUACUGUUUUUAGAUGAAUGUACGAUGAGAAAUUCAACGUUAAUAAUUUUGGAUUUUCUUAUCACAAAAAAGAAAAUGAAAGACCUCAAAGCACCUGAACAGUUUAUCGACCAGUUUGAAUCUAUUUAUCUUCAUUUGAAUGUCUUCUAGAAUAUGUAAAAAGUAAUAAAAUGUAUCUUCCAUGCUACAUGUACAAUAAGAACUUCUAUAAUUGUAUAUAUGCCUUUGAUGUAUUUUCCCCUCAAGAUUAUCAACUGUGUGUUCGACAGUGAAUAUUAAAUCUGUUACCAGUUGAAAUUUUUGGUUAUAAAUGUAAUACGAAUUGUUUCACAAACAAAAAACAUGUAAAGCAGUAUUAAAAUUUGGCCAAACAAGUGUUCUGUAUCUACUUUAAUAAAUGGUUAUUCUUU